ACGUGGUAGUCGUACCGAAGCCAUGUUGAAAUGUUUCUGGUGUUGGAGUCUGUCAGUGAGAUCUGUUGUAGUUUUGUAGACACAUUCAUGGUAGGCAGAGAGAGCGAGAGAGAGAUCUUCUCGAAUACAUACCUCCCAUCUUUCUCCUCACUGGCCUUCUUUUUCUCCUCAUUUAAAACACCAACUAGCUUUCAUUGAACCAAAACCAACACUUAACCUCGACAUCGACACACCUUCAUCUUUGAGUUUUGUUAUUUAUUAUUUACUUAAUUAAAUUCCCUGGACUUUUUUUACGGAGCUUGGCUUUGGGUUCGAUACUUGAUUCAUCUUUGGAGAGCAAGGAAAAUAUGUUGCAGUAGAGAGAAGGACCGAAAAGUAUCAUAUAUACAUAUAUAUAUAUAUAUCCAUAUAUAUCUGCAUAGAUCUAUGCUACAUACAUUAUAUGUAACAAUAUGUAUGAAAGUAACAUCAACCGAAGAAACACCCCUUUUUAAAAGAAAUACUACAUCGUUUUGGUGGUUAAGUAUUCAUUUGGAUACGCGAAUAUAGAAUUAUAUAAAUGAUCGCUUAAAGCCGAAAAAAAACCCAUCCACCUCAGCACUGAUUGAUAGAUAUAUAUACGUAUAUAUAUAUAUAUAUAUAUAUAUAUAUGUAUGUAUAUAUGCUCCAUGUAUUGAGUACUUCUUUCUCGUGUUGCACCUCCCAAGCAUAUUUAUAAAUAUAUUAUAUAUGACAUAAAGAUACACCCCCCCCCAUAAAUAUAUAUAUACACAUAUAUAGAUAUAUAUAUUUAUAUAUUAGAUAAGAAAAUAGUCAAACAUUUUAAGUGAUGGCGUUAAAGAAAGUAAAAGGAACUCUGGAAAGAGUUUUGGACAAGAAUUUACAGGACCUUGUACGAGGAAUUCGUAACCACAAGGAAAAUGAGGCAAAAUACAUAGCAGAAUGCCUGGAUGAAAUAAAACAAGAGCUUCGACAAGAUAACAUGGCUGUGAAGUCCAAUGCUGUAAACAAAUUAACAUAUCUUCAAAUGCUUGGUUAUGACAUUAGCUGGGCUGCAUUCAACAUCAUAGAAGUAAUGAGUUCUUCAAAGUUUACAUUUAAGCGAAUUGGCUAUUUAGCAGCAUCACAAAGUUUCCACGAAGGGACUGAUGUUUUAAUGCUAACUACAAACAUGAUUCGAAAGGAUUUGAACAGCCAGAACAUGUACGAUUCUGGCGUUGCCUUAAAUGGAUUGGCUUGUUUUAUAUCUCAGGAUCUUUCCAGAGACCUUGCAAACGACAUUAUGACUUUAAUGACAUCGACUCGGCCUUAUCUAAGGAAGAAAGCUGUCCUUAUCAUGUACAAAGUAUUUCUUCAGUUUCCUGAAGCACUUAGGCCUGCCUUCCCUCGGUUAAAAGAAAAGCUAGAGGAUCCUGAUCCUGGUGUCCAGUCUGCAGCUGUGAAUGUGAUAUGUGAACUUGCACGGAAAAAUCCUAAAAAUUAUCUUUCUCUGGCACCUCUUUUCUUCAAACUGAUGACCAGUUCUACUAAUAACUGGGUACUCAUCAAGAUAAUCAAACUGUUUGGUGCUCUCACUCCACUUGAACCUCGACUUGGAAAAAAAUUGAUUGAACCACUCACAAAUUUAAUUCACAGCACAUCAGCAAUGUCCUUACUUUAUGAGUGCAUUAAUACAGUGAUAGCAGUACUUAUUUCUAUAUCUACAGGCGUCCCUAAUCACUCAGCAUCCAUACAGCUAUGUGUUCAGAAAUUAAGGAUCUUAAUCGAAGAUUCCGAUCAAAAUUUGAAAUAUCUGGGUUUAUUAGCGAUGUCCAAAAUCUUGGCUACUCAUCCCAAAAGUGUUCAAGCUCACAAAGAUCUCAUUCUUCAGUGUCUUGAUGAUAAAGAUGAGUCAAUAAGGCUUCGUGCACUGGAUCUCUUGUAUGGAAUGGUAUCAAAGAAAAAUCUGAUGGAAAUAGUCAAGAAGUUGAUGAUUCACAUGGACAAAGCAGAGGGUUCUCACUAUAGAGAUGAGCUGUUAUCCAAGAUUAUAGAGAUCUGUAGCCAGUCAAAUUACCAGUAUGUCAUCAAUUUUGAAUGGUAUGUCAGUAUAUUAGUAGAACUGACUAGAAUGGAAGGCACAAGGCAUGGGAAACUUAUUGCUAGUCAAAUGCUGGAUGUUGCUAUACGGGUCCAAACUAUUAGAGAUUUUGCUGUUCAGCAAAUGGCUGUUUUGCUCGACAACUCUCAUGUACUUGCAUCCAACUCUCAAAGAAAUGGUAUUUGUGAAGUGCUUUAUGCUGCUGCUUGGAUAUGUGGCGAAUUUUCUGAGUAUUUGAAAGAUCCAAAGUCUACUUUGGAAGCUAUGCUUCGCCCCAAGAUUACCGCCUUACCAGGUCAUAUUCAGAGUGUGUAUGUUCAGAAUUUAGUGAAAUUAUAUUCAAAUAUCUUGAAGAAAGCGGAAGAAGAAGAAGAUGAAGCCACAAUGAAAGAAACUGGUCAGAUGCUCCUGGAUAAACUACCAAUGUUUAUACAGAGCGCUGAUCUUGAAGUUCAAGAGAGGGCUUGCUGCGUUUUGCAAUUGGUUAAAUAUGUUAUGAAACUUCAAGAAAAAGGAAAUCAUUUAGCAGAGGAAAUAGCUUGUUUGUUUUCUGGAGAAUUGAAUCCUGUUGCUUUAAAGGCUCAAAGAAAAGUGCCUGUGCCUGAUAAGCUGGAUUUGGAUCGUUGGAUCAAUGAAAUUCCAUCUGACAGUUCUGAUGAAGAAAUCAGAGGCACAUCAUUAUUUACAACAACAGGAGACGACCACAAAUCAACUUAUAAAAAUGAUGUUAAAAAGAUAGCUGAACCAACUGAAGAAGAGCUAGAAAGGCGACGUGAACAAAGGAGAAUUGAACAAAUGCAUAAUCCUCAUUAUUUGAAAGAUGAUGGUAAAAGCAAAAGUAAAAGAUAUGAAUCCAUCAAUAUUGAAGACAUUCCUGUCGCAGAUAUUGAUCUGUCUGUGCCUUUACAUGUCCCAGAUUUAAGAUGGUCUUCAGGUCUUUCCUCUUCAGACAAGUACUUGAAGCUGGGAAACAGUAUGCUUGAUGGUACAACCCACCAACCAGUUGGAAGCUCUGCAACCAGUGGUAAGAAAUCUAAGAAAACAAAGCGGAAGAGAGAAAGGAAAGGACAACAUUAUUCUGAUACUGAUGAGGAGGAAGUAGAUGGCUCUGUGAAUGCAGUUAGCACUGUGAUGGACAUGCCAGAGGGUGCUCAUUUAUCAGAUAAAGAUGAUGAUGACAAGAAUGCUGAUGAUCCUCACAGAAAACUGAACAUUGAUCUUGACGAGCCAUUACGUGAAGAUGAAAAGUUACCUGUUCGAACACACCAUGUAGUCUUAGACUAUAAUAACCUGGAAGAAGUUGGAGUUGAUACAUUAGAGUUGGAGAAACAAAAGAAGAAAAGCAAAAAAGAAAAGGACAAGAGUAAGAAGAAGAAGAAGGAGAGAAAGAUUCAGAAAAAAGAAUUAAGUUCUGCAUCUUUUGAUGAUAAUAGAGUAAAUGGAGAAACUAAUAUAAUCUCUGCUCAUGGCAAAGAUUCGUUACCCUUGCAGCUGCCAGCAGAAGAUCCCCAAGCACAACAUGAAGAUUUAGAGUUCUGGUUAUCCGCUGGAGAUAUUUCUGCUGCUCACUCAAGGAACCAAGCAAAGAUAGAAACGGUCAAUUCUGUAACAUUACCAGUUUCUGGCCGAGUUCAAACAACUGAUUCUAAAGAUAAUAGUCAUUUGAGUACCGAAAAACAAAAGAAGAAGAAAGAGAAACGGACAAAAGAGAGGAAGAAGGAAAAGAAAAAGAAAGUCGAAGAAGAAAAAAAUCGUAGUGAAUAUGAAGAAGCUGAAGGUGUCGCUACUCCGUCUAAAGAAUACCUGCCGCCAUCUGAGCAGCAAGAUUCAGUUAAAUUUGAUUCUCCUCCUAUGUCAAAUUACCGAAGAUUAGCUGGAAAUGAGUCUCUGAAAAUGGUCUAUGAAACUCGAGUGAGCCAACAGCGAAGUGAUCAAAUAGUGAUAUCUGUGAUAUUUACCAAUCAGUCUUCUAAUCACAUAAAAGAUAUUGAGUUCAAUGUCCUUAACACACUCAAUGCACGAUUAAUACGAACAUUCGGCUCAGAUCACGACCCAGUAAAGGUGCCCUUUUUAUUACUUCCAAAUAGUCAAAAUGAAGGUCAGUUUGCAUUUAGUAUACAGAAUAUUACAAUGCCACAGAAAAUGAAGGGAACACUUACUUAUAUAAUAAAGACUGCUGAAGGGUCAACACAUGAAAAACUUGACUUUAAAAUCUGCUUUCCAUGUUCUUCUUACCUUAUUGGUACUCAAUGUAAGGGAUCAAGUUUUGCAUCACUUUUGAGCAAUGGACAAUUGUCUGCAAAAACUAGCACAAAGAUUGAAUUACCUGAUGAGGACUUUUCUCAUAUUUUGGCCAAGUUAUGUUUUCACCUUCACUUUACAAUUGUUGAACAGGUUGAUCACAGUGCAUCCCUAUAUAGUAGGUCUAUUCAAGAUCACCAUAUUUGCUUGCUUGUUAAAUAUCUGCCAAAUAACCAACUGAACAUUGAUGCUAAAAGUUCCGAGUCUACGUUGCUUUCUAAUAUUAUUGAUGACAUCAAAGCAAUUUUGAGUAUGACAACCCAAUGACACAGCAAUACCAAUUCUUCACAGUGAUGGCUACACUAAUACAAGUGGCAGUUGUUCUGGUUAUCUUCAAUGGUAUUGCUUUGAAAUAUCAUCUCUAAAAGAUAGUUGUUUCAGACUCUGGUACACCUUGUUUGAAGUCUAAUCUGUUUCACAUUACGGGAAGAAUGGUGGAGGAAAAAGCAGUAUUUGUCUACAAAUUCAUAGUUUAUCAAAUGACGAUGGGUUUUUUUUUUUUUUCUCAUCCUUGAAAGAUAAUAUUGUUUGUUUUACUAUUUCUUGAUAAGUUUCCUUCAAAAUAUUAUUUUGUUUCAUAAUUAUUAGAAAGCAUUUCAAAUGAAUUUCAACCAUGGCAAAAAGAACCCCAAAGUCUAGGAAUAAAAGUGUCAUAUCUCUGUUGCAUACUUCUUUAUAUUCCUUGUUAGUUUGUUUGAUUACUUUUAACUGGAUUUUUAUAUUUUCUUUAACAUUUUUUCUAUGCAAGUUUAAAUAAUUUAAUUAUGUAAAAAUGAUUUUAUAAUUUCUCAAAAGUUUAUGUAUUUUCAUUUAUUUUAAUAGAUUAGAGUUUUUUUGUUGUUUUUUUUUAUUACAAGAGAAUUUUAUAUAUUUUUUUUGCCUAAAGUGUCUAAAAUUCAAUUGAAAGAAAUUGGUCCUCUUAUAAUUCUACAGACCACAUGACUACUCGGUCUGUUUGUCUUUUUGUGAAGGAGAAUGACAUAUCUUAAACAUCAAGUCUUUCCUGGUGUAGGGCAAAAGCAAGAAUCAUCUGUCUCUGAAGAAUUGAAUUGAAUGGAAAAAUUGUCUUUGAAGACCUGAGACAUAGCAUUGCAGCAUUUGUAUUUCUCUAUGUAGGUUCUGAUUUCAAAUUCUUUUCCAAUUCUAGUAAAGUGAGGAGCCAUUAGCACACCAGGUUGACUGUUGAGGCUAUUCAUCCUUCUGCUAUCCUAAAAAAUUGACCAACAGUCUAAGUAAGAAAUCAGCCAAAUAGAGCAAAAGAAUUUCCUUUUCUCCAGGACUGCGAUCUAAAUAACAGUUUAGGCUUUAUUUAGACUGGAUCUAGUUUCCUUAUUUAUAUCUUUGACUUCAUCAUGUUAUUUUCAAGGAAUAGAAAACUUUAAAAAAAGAUAUUGAGUUUAUUUAUUUGUUUAAUAUAUUUAUGUUCUUAGAAGUAAGACAGCAGUAUGAAUUAACAAAUAUAUUUUCAAACAAUUAAAUAAAAAAAAAAAACAAGAAAAAAACUAUAAAGCUACAAAUAACAGCAUGUAAAUAUUGGGUUGGAGAAUCCUUUGGAUUGUAAAAGUCAAAGGCUGCCUGGUUUUUUUAAUCCAAUAUUUACACACUGUUAUUUGUAGCUUUAUGUGUUUCAAAAUUCAUUGUUCCCCAAAAAAACUUAUUUCAUGUUCUCUCGAAGUUUAUAAAAUUCGUAUGACAUCAAAAAAAGGCUAUGACUUGACUGCCAAAAUUUAGAAAAUCUUAACAAUAAAUCAAAAUCCUAAAAAGCAACUAAUUCCUAAUUUGGUUCAUAAGGCUUUUUCUUUUUUUUAUUGCAAACAACUCACCAUGGUAUGGUUGAUACCUAUGUAUUUAGAUAUUUCUCUACAAAUAUCAGACAUGAGUGGAAAUAUCAAUCCUGCUUGCACAAAGUGACUGAUGAAUAAUCUUAAAGAGUCUCGUUAAUAUAGCCAAAACAAAUUAACAAACCUGAUUAGUGGGACAUAGUAUCAGAUAACUAUGUACUGUGGUCAGAAACACAGUUUACUUGGCAAGUGAUAGAAACAGGCUUCAAGACUCAUCAGUGGAAAUGUUGUCUGAAGUUGAUGGUUAUAAUGAGAUAAAUAGAAAAAUCUUUGUAAUUACCAUAAACCGUUAGCAUUCAGAUUACUAUCAAAUAUAAUGCUUAUUUAUUCACCUUGUUUGAAUUAACCAUGCAUCAUCUCAUAGCUUUGGGAUUUCAAUGAUGUGAUUAUUUAUUUUUAGAAUAACAUCAUAGGGUAGGUGUGAGAGGCUGGAUCUGAUCAGUUUCAACAUAAAGCAGAAUAUUUUUGCUGGAUAUGGCUAUUUUAAAUGUUAAAGGGUUGACCUCAUCCAUAGUAAAUAAAACAAUUUUUUAAAAUUUUACCUUAAAAAAAAGGUAUUUACUUACCUUUACAAUAUUUGUUUGAGUAUUGUGGAUAGGAUCCUUAAUAUAUUUCUCUUUGAUAUAUUACUAGAAAAGUACCAUGUGACUUGAAAUAUUUUUGAUAACAGAUAAUAUCUGUUACCAAUUUAGCUAACAAGGAAGCUCAGACCUGGUCACUCAACCUCCUAGAAAUUGCAGACAAAUCUCCCUCAUAUCACAUCCUACCAUCUUAAAAACAGAAAGGAAACAUUGGGUAAAGUACUCCAAGUUACAUGAGCCAUUAAAGAAGCUUCUGCAUAGUCACAUGACAUGUUAGAAAUGCAAACAAAUGUCACUCUUAUUACACUUUACUGCCUUAAAAAAGGAAAGGACACAUUGAAUGAUGUAGCCCUAAGCUUGGAGAAAAAGAUGAGAUGGUCAUAAAUUCCUUUGAUUAUAGAUCUGCUGGAUCAGGGUUGACCUUGGGCUAAAGGGCAACAGCUAAUUUGGAUUUCCCAAGCUGACAUAUCUUUAUCUCCUUUUACUUGUUCCAGGCAUGAUUAUUUAUAUAUUUAUUAUACUCUUGGAGUGGUUGGCGUUAGGAAGGGCAUCCAGCCAUAGAAACCAUGCCAAAUCAGACUGGAGUCUGGUGCAGCCUUCUAGCGUGCCAGCCCUAGUCAAACCAUCCAACCCAUGCCAGCAUACACAAUGGACGUGAGAUGAUGAUGAUGUUUCUAAAUACCCUGUAGGAAGCUGAUUGGUAAAAACCAACUGCUUUUAAAGUUUUUGUUAGAUUUAUGAAGUUUAUCCAAUUAAUUUAUACUAAUAGAUGGUUUGUCAAAGGAAGUGAAUUACACAUUGUUAUGAUAUUUAAUUAAUUUCCAUGUAAAACAUUAGCAAUUUUAUAACCCGAAUAACUGACCUAUCAUUUCUUUCUGGUAACUUUUAUAUUUCUUACAUACGUCGGUUUAAAACACAUUUCAACUUAUUUAAAACAAGAAUAAAAGAAACAGUAAUCCUACCUGAAAUACCUUUGGUCAUAGGCCUACUUGAUCAAGACUUAACUAGGAAUGCCUCUACCUGUCCUAAAUGUAUGAAAAGUAGAAGCCAAAUCUCCUACAUAUCAUCCCAUAUCAUCGUAAAAAUAAGAAGGGAUACCGGAUGAAAUUGUUAUGUUGUUGGCACUCCGUCGCUUAUGACGUCGAGGGUUCCAGUUGAUCCGAUCAACGGAACAGCCUGCUCGUGAAAUUAACGUGCAAGUGGCUGAGCACUCCACAGACCAGUGUACCCUUAAUGUAGUUCUCGGGGAUAUUCAGCGUGACACAGUGUGACAAGGCUGACUCUUUGAAUUACAGGCACAACAGAAACAGGAAGUAAGAGUGAGAGAAAGUUGUGAUGAAAGAGUACAGCAGGGUUCGCCACCAUCCCCUGCCGGAGCUUCAUGGAGCUUUUAGGUGUUUUCGCUUGAUAAACACUCACAAUGCCCAGUCUGGGAAUCGAAACCGCGAGUCCGCUGCCCUAACCACUGGGCCAUUGCGCCUCCACUUUCUGUUAAGAUUGCAUUAUUAUAAAAAAAACUAGUGUUAAUCUAUCUAAUUCUGUUUGUUAUAGGAUUUUUUUUUUUUUUUAAUUUUAGGAACUUCGAGAGAUAGGAAAUAAAUUGUGUUAACAGUGACACUUGAAGCAGAUAAAGCUAUAAGUAAUUGCAUGUAAAUAUUGGGUUUAAAAUCUGCUUGAAUAGAAAAUAAAACAUUGGUGGCUGCCCAUGUGUUCAUAUCUUGUCCAAGGGAUUAUUUAACUCAAUAUUCUACAUGCUGUUAUUUAUAGCUCUAUCUGCUUCAAGCUCCACUGUGACCAUGAUUUAUUUCUUAUUCAUUUCUAUUUUAAAACCUUAUGGUAGUGUUUUUUAUCAGUUUCCUGCCCCACCCCUCCAACAUUUCUUUUAGUUUUUGCUUCAUAAAUUUCCAGUGAAAAAAGACACUUUGACACUUUUGUAAGAUUUGUAUAUUAAAAUAAAAAGAAAAAUUCAAAUUAAAACUUAGUUCCUAUUUUUUGUUAUUAAUCUUUUUUUUAAUGAAUCUUACAUGUUUGGAAAUUAUUUUUAGGAAUUUUAAUAAUAUUGAUUUAUUGUUAAAUCUGUUCUUUUCGUUAGGCAAAACUAAUUAAUGAGAAACAUUUUCACAAACGUUAAAAUUGUAGACCAAAAAGAAAAAUAUAUACUUUUGUUACUGCUUUUAUCUUCCCAGUUCCAAGGUUAACCUUUUGUAUGUAAUUGUCAAUCAUGACUCUUUACUUACUAUAUAUGCUUUCUCCUAUUCGAGAAGGAUAUUAAUAAGACAAAAAAAAAAGAAAGAAAAAUUUAAUAAUGAUAAUAAAUGAAUAAAUUGUAAAAUAAGGUUGUAAAUUUAUCAGAAUCAUUGUACAGAGUAAUUGGUAUGAUAACUGAGAAGUAUUCCAUCUUGAAAUGUAUUUUAUGACAAUAAAAUUUAUAGAAAGGAG